AUGCAAAUCUAUAAUCCUCGCUCUUCAAGAGCCAUUCUUGGCUCUGUCGGCGUCUUCGUUCUCAUCGUUUUCUUCUUUCUCGUCCACCAUUUCCAGGGUCUGUCCGUUUAUACCCGAAGCGACUUCGAUUCUUCAGACACACAUGAUGAGCUGGUUGGUCCAAAUGAGGGCGGUCCGCGAGUGCGGCAGGCGACUACCAAUUUGCACGAUGAAUAUGAUCCGGUUUUUGAGCGUGCAAUAAAAUCGCACAUCAAGCAUGGCGAGGCUUGGGGAUCGCCGACGCAUGUUCUCAGGCAUUCCAUGUUCGAUGGAAACUCGCAGUAUAAUAAGCUCUCAUAUCUACAAAUGCUGCUGCUGAAUGAGAUGGCCAGGCCUUAUGGGCAGCGAGCGGGUUGGAUCGUCUGGUUCGACGCCGACACCAUCAUCUUGAACCCAAAGGUGCCGUGGACGACCUUCUUCCCACCGACCAAAUUUCCCAACAUCCAUCUCAUCGCCUCCAAAAACUGGGAUGGUUUCAAUUCCGGCGUCUUCUUCCUCCGCGUGCACGAGUGGUCCGUCAAGAUGCUUGCGGAUGCCCAAGCUCUACCAUCCUUGCGACCAGAGAUCCCCAUAAAGUGGGCGGAUCAAAGCGCUAUGCUCGAAUCCUUCUCCAGACCCCAGUUCCGUGACGCCGUGGUCUUCCAACCCCUGCAUUGGUAUAACGAAUUUCAAUUGCAAGAGAACAUGGUGAAGGAUAGACCCAAAGUCCACCCGGGGGACAUGUUGAUCCAUUUUGCGGGGUUGAUGAAGGAUAAGAGGAAGUUCAUGGGGCCGUGGUUGGACAAGGUGGAGAAUAUGGCGGAUCAGUGGACCGUCCCAUUGGUGAAUACAACAUACUUGAGAGACGUGAAAGCAUACUGGGAUAUCUAUGGCCAAGCGAAAAACAUACUCGACAGUGCGAACCAUACUAUUUCGUCGAUGUCGGGUGAUGCGGAAUUGAUGCGACCUGUGGUGAAAGCGUCCGAAAAAUUGCAGAACAUGGUUUGGAACUCCGCGGGGGAUAUUGAAGGCAUGCGAAGUCAUACAGAGUUUUUGGCCGAUACUCUCCAACAGGCAAAGAGUAAAGAUGCAGCCGCUAAAGACCAGUUGAGGGCAGAGACGGCCCAGGCGGGAAGCUCUAAGGCUGGAACACUGGACUCGGGAGGUUCGAAGACGGAGAUGGCAAUCGUGGAGCAUUACGACGCUGGAGUUGCAGUCUCCGCUGAUGAGGAUGCAGUGGGUUCUCAUCAAGUACUGCCAUUGCCGGCAGGUGAACCAACCGCUGCAACGUGA